CUGUUAGCUUCUUCUGUGAAAGAUGAACAGGUGAUGUUGAGUUUGGACUUUGGGCGCUUGAAAGUUCCAGUGGAAGAAGUUAGGGCACGCUUUCUCCCUCUUCAUCGUCGUCAAGUUUUUUCUGAUAAAAAUUGUGAGUUAAAUAGAGCAAAUGCCGUUCAUAUCGCAAACGCAGAGGCAAUCAGAUUACAAUCUCAUACCUGCAAGCUGCCCAAUCGUCAUCGACAAUGGCGCAUCUUAUUUCAGAAUUGGAUGGGCAGGCGAAAGUGAGCCUCGGAUCAUCUUUCGCAACAUUGUUCAGAGACCUCGCCACAAGAUAACCGGAGAAACAGUAACAAUUGUUGGUGACCAUGAUCCUGCUUUACUAAAGUACUUUGAUUGCACCCGUUCUGGACCACGUUCAGCAUUCGAUAAUGAUGUUGUCUUCCAGUUUGAGAUAAUGGAAUAUAUUCUUGACUUUGCAUUUGAUAGAUUAGGGGCAGAUGAAUCUCCGAUUAAUCAUCCUAUCCUCAUUACAGAAUGUGCAUGCAAUCCAGUACAAUCACGUAGUAAAAUGGCUGAACUUUUAUUUGAAACAUAUGGGGUUCCUUCUAUAGCUUUUGGUGUGGAUGCUGCUUUCAGCUAUAAGUACAAUCAAAAACUUGGAAUUUGUGAUAGAGAUGGUCUUGCAAUUUGCUCAGGGUUUUCCACAAGCCAUGUGAUCCCUUUUAUCAAUGGAGAGCCUGUGUAUGAAGCAUGUUGUCGUACAAAUGUUGGUGGUUAUCAUGUGACUGAUUACCUAAAGCAACUUCUAUCACUUAAAUAUCCACAUCACAUGGCAAGGCUUACAUGGGAAAAAGUAGAAGAUUUGAAAAUGGAACAUUGUUAUAUCACCCUCGAUUAUGCUUCGGAAGUUAGAUUGUUUCAGAAAGGGGGAAAAGAAGCUGAAGAGAAGACAAGGUGUUGGCAACUUCCAUGGACACCAACACCAGUGGAAGAGCCACCUUCAGAAGAGGAGAUUGCUAGGAAAGCAGCCUUAAGGGAAAAACAUGGCCAAAGGUUACGGGAAAUGGCUGAGGCAAAAAGAUGUUCAAAAAUUAAUGAAUUAGAAAAUGAAUUAAAGGGGUUGGAGUUUCUUAUACAACAACUUAGACAUGUAAAUGGAAAUGAUAUUCCAUCUUUCUUGGCUGAGACUGGUUAUAUUUCUAAGCAAGAAAUUGAAUCUGCUAUUGUUAAAGUAACACAAUCAUUAAGGAAAGCUAAAGGAGAGCAAGAUGAGAUUGAAGAGAAACAAGAUCCUUCUGCAACAGAAAAGUAUACCCUCAUUGAUAUUCCUGACAAUAUGCUAACCCCAGAACAGAUCAAGGAAAAGAAAAGACAACUAUUUCUUAAAACCACAUCAGAAGGAAGACAAAGAGCAAAACAAAAGCGUUUUGAAGAAGAAUUAGAACGUGAAAGGCGUAACAAGGAGGAUGAACAAAGACGCCUAGAGAAUCCGGAACUUUACAUGGAGCAAUUGCGAAUAAAAUACAAUGAUUUAUCUGAAAAAGUGGAACAGAGAAAAAGACAAAAAACAAAUGGAAACAACCAUGGAAAUGAAAACAAUAAUGUGUCUGGAGGUGUUGGCCGUGGAGAGAGACUGAAUGCUGCCCAAAAGGAGAGAAUGCGUCUUUUGACAACCGCUGCUUUUGAUAGAGGGAAGGGGGAGGAUACUUUUGGAAUUAAAGAUGAAGAUUGGCAAUUAUAUAAAAAAAUGAGUAAAGAUAAUGAUGACGAGGAUGAUGGCCCCAAUGAGGAUGAAGCUGAGCUCACACGUGUUGCUUCUAGACUCCGGGAAAUAGACCCGACAUUCUUUCCAAAAUCGGAAGCCAGCUCCUCCGGCAGCGAACCACCACGUUUCCGGCCUUUAACACAGGAAGACUUCCAGAUUCUGAUCGGAGUGGAAAGAUUCCGGUGCCCGGAGAUUCUUUUCCACCCAAACCUAAUCGGAAUUGAACAGGCAGGAUUAGACGAGAUGGCUGGGGUAUCAAUGCAAAGGCUGAAAUCAAGAGCUCAAAGAUUGGAUUUGGAAGAAGAGGCGAUGGGAAUCACCAAUUCCGUCCUCAUAACCGGUGGGAGUUGUCUUUACCCUGGAAUGAGUGAACGUCUAGAAGCCGGAAUCAGAAUGAUGAGGCCAUGUGGGACCCCCAUAAGGAUCCUUAAAGCAUCGGAUGCUGUUCUUGACACGUGGCGUGGUGCUGCUUCUUUUGCAUCCACCAUGCAUUUCUCACGACAAGUUUUUAAUAAGAUUGAUUAUUAUGAGAAAGGUGAAGAUUGGCUUCGUCAAUACCAAUUGAAGUAUACAUUUUAA